GACUUCAAUUAUCACUUGUUUCAAAAGUGCUGUUCCCUAUGAGUCUAUCAUUUAUAAUCGCUUGUUUAAGGAUUUGCUUAUCUCAAAAUUAUAAAGCAGUAUUAUAAUUUUUAAAGUGUGAAAGCUAUUAGUUUGCUUAAAUGAUUUUCUUUGCUUAUCGGUUAAGUAGUAAGUUAUGCGACAUCCGAUAUCUUAAUGGCUAUAACGCGCAGGCAUUUUUUUACUUCCACGUUCAAAAAAUAAUUUCACAUUACUUUCCGUUUUACAGUACAAAGUGCGCAAAAAUAUUUUUUUUAUGCGCCACCGUACAUUACCGAAGCGAUUAUUUCUAAUAUAAUAAUUUAAAAUUUUGUACAGCCGACUUUAAUAUAAGUUAUUAAAAUAACUCAAAAACUAUUGGUCUGACCUUGAUCAAAUUCAUAUGGGACCACACGAGAAGUACCAGCUUUCAAAUAAAAGAAAUAUUAUCGAAAUCGGUUCACCCAGUAAAAAGAUAGUCGAAUUGAGUACCGUCUCCUUUUUGGAAGUCUGCAGAAAACUGACGAAACCGGUCUUAUUGGUGGACGAAACGAAUGUUGAGAAAAGGAACCGCGCAUUAGUGAUCAUAGUACCAGACUGCUAGCUUCGAGUAAUGGGUUGUUGUUCGCAUUAGUGGAAAAUACCAAUUGUUAGUUUUCGGUUUUGGAUGUGAUUACACGUGUGAUUGACACUGCAUUCGAGACUACUUUGGGUCUUAUUGCUCAAAUGUUACAACUUAUAUGGAUAUGUUACGAAUGAGUGCCUCUGAUAUUAUUCUGUGAACAAUCAUCAUAGUCUGACAUCUUAGUAGGUAUUAUUUUUAUAAUUGUAAUUAAGAUAUUUUUAAUGAAAUUUAUGUCCAAAAAUAGUUUCCAAACUAAAUAACGUAAAAAAAGACUUCGAAGUAUAUGUAACCACUUCUUGAUAGUUCACAACCAAUUAUUAUAGUGACCAAAGUUUUACCUACCUAGUGAUCUCGGGCCUAUAUUUGAAUACCAGUUAUCAUGUAUUAUUUUACGGGUUUAUUGCACUGCACACGAACCGUCCCUGGUUCUUUUCGAAAUAAUAACAUCAAGUACAUACGAGAAGGUGGAAAUAACAAAAAGCGAAUGCAGACUCUUAAGAUAUUAAUUCUUACAAUAUUGUAUUUGCUGCAUCGGUUAAAAUUUCCAGUUGUGUAAUUAGAAGAUCAAGAUAAGGGCUGAAGGACAAUCAUCGUCAAUAAAAAAUAUUGAAUAUUAAAUUGGUCGGUAAACGACCAACUUCAAAUAAGUUGUAUUAUAUGUAUGUAUAUAUAUAUUCGCCGACAAACUGAUUGGCAGUUUGGCGAGAGAAUAGUAAAAAUAAUGUACUUACCUUUGCAUGAAUAAAUAAAUUCAUUAUUAAACAUACAUUCAAUGAAAUAUAAUACCUACAUAUAAAUAGGACGUAUACUCAUUUAAGAAGGUUACUUAUUUAUGACUACGCUUCGUGUUAAGAUUUACUUUUUACACGGCAGUGAAAGUAAACGUAGACGAAAUUACCAUGGAAAUUGUUUAGCAUAGGAAAAAUUUUUAGAAGUACGACAGUAGCCUAGUGAUAGGAUGCAGACUGAGAACUUGAAGAGUUGUGGGUUCGAAUCCGCUCUUAACACAAGAAUCUCCAAAAAUUAAACGAGUAGUUAACGGAAGUAUUACUGACCUGUUCAUAGAAUAACUAGUAUUCUUGUUGUUUUUAAAUAAAAUUGUGGUUGUAAUUUGUUUAUGUAAAAUUCUUAAAAGUGAUACAUGUAUGUUCGUAAUAUUUUUAGGUAGGGACUAAACGUAUGUACUUAACAUUUUCAAACAAGUACUUAUUACAAAAUUUGUCGUUUACAGCUCAAUUAGUACAUUAGUACAUUAUAAGGUUAUAAUUACAAGCGUAAUGAUGAACCCGUUAUUAUACAUUUUAGGCUUUUUUGUAAACUAUUUAAGAUAUAUUUUCAUUUAAGUACUAUUUUCAGUAGUUAGUAAUUGUAUUUUUUUUGUUACAGCCAUGAUGCUACUCGAAAGUGAUAUGUUUAUGGAUGCACUCAAUGCGUCAGCUACAAAUAAAAAAGAGCCUAAGAAAAGGAAACGACGAAUAAGCGGGUCUAAAGAUGGAAAUGCGCCAAACGAAACUUCUCCACCUGUAACACCAACUAGCAUUACAAGUCCCAAUAGCGAAAAUAAAUCGGUGCCUCCAAGAUUCUAUCAAGAUACAUUAGAUACUGAGGAGAAUAAGCAAAUCGUGAGUGAGAAAACUUCUGAAAGCAGUGAAGUUACAGAAAAUGAUAAGGACCCUGAAAAGGAAGAGCAAGAAAAAAUGGAAAUUUCUGAACCACAUACUGUGACAGUUAACGGAUUAAGAGGUGUCCUUUGUUAUCACAAAAGAAAAGGUCCCAAGAAAAGCAUAAAAUGGAAACCUGAUCCCGAAUUGGAAGAAAUCCAGUACUUUGAACUUGAUGAAACUGAACGUGUUAAUGUGACUAAAACAUUUACAGAUAUGAAACAUUUGGAAAGGAUUCAUGAACGGGAAGCUUUUCAGAAGGCAAGAAAUCUCAGUAACGAUGACGUAAUGGAAGAAAGAACGAGUUGGAAACCACUAAUUCCGAUUGACCUGGAUGGUCAAAUACAAGUUGAAUACGGUAAAAAUAGCAAAGAGAAGGACAUACAGGCAAUAAGACAGAAGGGAACAUUACAACCACUUUACUUCCACAAAUCAAUGAUUCCUGAUUCACCAUUGGAACCUGAACCUGAAACCCACCCUUACUCAGAACCAACGGUUAUACCAUUAGAUGAUGUUACAGGAAAUCAAGAUAAUAUAAGUGACUUUCGCAAUAUGCCUUGGCCUGAACCUAAAGGCAAUGCACCACCAACAUCCAAUAGUAACAUGAAUGUACCUUCGAUAUUUCCUCCCGCUAUGGCGCAGUUUCCUACCAGCUUUCCUGGACCACAAUUUCCUGGUGGACCUCCAGGAUUUCCAGGGUCUCCGAUGGUGCCUGGUGAGUGGCAAAAUGGAGUUCCACCGCAUAUGAUGCCAAAUGGUAUUCCUGGUCCAAUGCCAGCUCCAGGUCUCACUCCUCCGGGACCCAUCCCACCGAAUAAUAUGCCUCCUGGAAUUAUGGUACCGCCGGAAAAUAUGAUGAUGAGUCCAGAUAUGUUUGGUCCUCCCAAUCCUAUGUUUCCUGUACCACCCGAGGGAUUCAAUAUGCAACAAAAUAUGUUUCCUAUGGACUUUAAUAUGCCAGGGCCACAAGGGCCACAGGGUCCACCUGGCCCGGAUGGAUUUGCCGGCCCUGGAAACUUUCGAGGUGCCAUGCGGGGUCGUGGUGCUGGAGGACAUUGGAGAGGUAAAAGUGGUGGAAACUGGGAUGGCCCACCACGAGGGCGGGGAGGGCAUGCCCGAAGCGGCAGAAAAGUUGUUUGCAUAUAUUUCCAAAGAAAGGGUUCGUGUCGACAAGGCGAUAACUGUUCUUUUUUGCAUCCUGGCGUAAAUUGUCCAUAUUAGAUUUUAAAAAAUGCAAUGAAGUUGUAUAUAUGUAAAUUUUAAAAUAGUGUAAGGCCUGGUCCAAAAGACUGUUACUUGUAAAUACAAAUGUAAAUAUUGUAAAAAAUACUUUAUACGAAAUUGGUGCAAGUAAACAAAUUAU